CGGCGGCGAGCCUGACAUGGACAGCGACGGCGGCGCUCCCAGAGCCAACACGCUCGAGUCCCGCGCGGCGGCCUGGGACGAGGCCGAGCGGGCCAAGUUCAUGGCGAGAUACAAGCGCGAGGAGGUGAAGAUCCAGGCCUGGGAGAACCACGAGAGGCGAAAAGCCGAGCUGGAGAUGAAGAAAAUAGAGAUGAAGGCGGAGCAGAUGAAGGCGCGGGCGCAGGAGAAGCUGGCGAGCAAGCUGGCGACGGCGCGGCGCGUGGCGGAGGAGAAGCGGGCGGUGGCGGAGGCGACGCUGAACGAGGGCGCGGCGAGGACGUCGGAGAAGGCGGACUACAUCCGGAGGACCGGCCACCUGCCCUCCUCCUUCUUCUCCUUCAGAAUCCCCUCCCUCUGCGGCUAGGCUCAACUGCCUCCCUACACAGGACAGAUUCAUAGGGAUCACCGUAUAUGCACCUUGCCGGAGUGGAGUUCUUGCCAUGUGUAGCCACCUCCACUGCCCCACUGCUUCAUUUUGUGUCCAUUCUCCACUGUAGGGGUUGAUUGCUCGGUUGAUUGCCAAGGGAAAGAAAAUGUAGGGGUGAAUGCACUUUUAUAUGAUCCA